CGAUUAAUAUAUUCUGUGCUUAGCACGGGUUCGCUCUAGAAUACGAAUUGGGUAGUUGAUUCCCUGAGCAAAGGUCUCUCUUUCUCUGCAAAAUUCGACAGCAUGUAGCCUCCUUCGCCCCUCUUCACCCUCUUCUUACUCACGCAAGCAGUUAUUUUCCCAUAUUUUCUCUCUCCUCUUUUUCACCGACUACCUGAAUUGCCGGUCAACAUCACCACUUCUUCUUCUCGAGGAAUGAAAUAAGUGUAAAAACAGUGAUGGGGAGAGAGGGAUACGUAGUUCCUGUGGACCCUCAGAUGGGUUUAAGUGUGGGUCUAAAGAAGAAACCUGCUGGAUCACGCAGUUGGAUUUUGAUUGACUAUCCUGGUCAGGCUACCGUUCUUGAUCUUGACAAGUAUGCUAUUAUGCACCGUGUUCAAAUUCAUGCUCGCGAUCUUCGUAUAUUGGAUCCUCUUCUCUCUUACCCUUCUACUAUUUUAGGUCGUGAGAAAGCUAUUGUUUUGAAUUUGGAGCAUAUCAAGGCAAUCAUAACUGCUGAUGAGGUAUUGCUUCGAGACCCUUUGGAAGAAAAUGUAAUCCCUGUUGUUCAAGAACUUCAGAGGCGCUUAUCCCCAGGAAGUGCUGCACAUAAAGUUCACGGAGAUGGGAAGGAAUCAGGAGGACAUGAUGUUGAAGCUACUGAAGAAGAUGAAUCUCCCUUUGAAUUCCGUGCACUUGAGGUGGCCUUGGACUCAAUAUGUAGCUUUCUUGCUGCACGUACUACUGAUCUGGAAACUGCUGCUUAUCCAGCAUUGGAUGAACUGACGUCUAAGAUAAGCAGCCGGAACUUGGACAGGGUAAGGAAAUUGAAGAGUGCAAUGACAAGAUUGACUGCUCGUGUUCAAAAGGUGAGAGAUGAGCUUGAACAACUUUUGGAUGAUGAUGGUGAUAUGGCUGAUCUUUACCUGUCCAGAAAAUUGGCUGUUCCUGCUUCACCUGUUAGUGGAUCAGGAGCCAACUGGUUUCCCAGUUCCCCUACUGUUAUCUCUAAGAUAUCGAGAGCAAGCAGAGCAAGUGUGGUCACAGGUCGUGGUGAUGAGGAUGAUAUUGAGGAACUCGAGAUGUUGCUAGAGGCUUACUUCAUGCAAAUUGACGGGACAUUAAAUAAAUUAACAACGCUUCGUGAAUACAUUGAUGACACUGAGGAUUACAUUAACAUUCAGCUUGACAAUCAUCGAAAUCAGUUGAUUCAGCUGGAGCUUUUUCUGAGUUCAGGAACUGUUUGCCUAUCAAUCUACUCUUUGGUCGCUGCAAUUUUUGGCAUGAAUAUACCUUAUACUUGGAUGGAUAAUCACGAUUACAUCUUUAAAUGGGUUAUUAUCCUUUCUGGUCUUUUUAGCGCUGUACUCUUUGUAGUUAUUGUCACAUAUGCUCGUUUUAAAGGGCUUGUUGGAUCAUGAGCUUGUGGGAUCAUAAGCUCUGUAAAUCAUCAUCUUUACACGGAAAAACAAGACCAAUCUCUACCAGGAACUAAUUCUGUGUAAUCUCAUAUACAAACAUACAUAUUCAUCAAUUGCAUACAUGAAUCAGUGCUAGCCCUGAUGCAACCGCAUCAAGCCCUUUUCAUGUUUCUACUGAUAUUGAAAUGUAAUCAACACAAUGCAAUUCUUGGUAACCUUAGCAGACUUUGCUGAGGCUUUUUUUUUGUUUUUAUACCAAGUUUUCUCUUGUAUAAUUACUGAACCUCAGAAUUAGGUAUUUCUUUGUCAGUAACAGCUCUUAUUAACUAAUUUAAACAUCAAUUGAAUCACUCUUUUUGC